AUGUGUCGUUUGGUGCCAGUCGAAGAGAUACUUUGCAAUCAUCGUUUAAACACAAUUGUCAAUACGGAUGGCUUACAGCAACAACAUGCACACGGACCUGGUAAGAAACGAAAACCAAAUCAUCGUUUAAACACAAUUGUCAAUACGGAUGGCUUACAGCAACAACAUGCACACGGACCUGGUGGUGAUCAAAUUAAUAAUACAUAUCAAUCGCCAACGUUAAGUCUAUUGAUUGCAUCAAUGUUUGGAGUGCUGGUUGCAUCUAUGCUUGGGACAGUUCCAGCUGCAAUGAUCUUCAUACUGUUAAUCGUAUUUAAACUUGUUCUUUGA